AUGGAUAGUUCACGUAUUGUUAAAAAAGAUGAAGCUGGUACACGUUUAGAAAAAUUCGUAUGUCGCCAUUUUCGGGAUAUCGUAAUUUCCAAACAUCUUUGUAGACUGUGUUUCAAACGCGGGGAGAUCCUUAUUAAUGGAAAGCCCGCUGAAUCCACACGACUUAUUUGUGAAGGAGAUGAAGUAUGUUUGCAGAUUGAUAAAAUUGCGUUGGAGAGAGACAGAUUGGAUAUGCCAAUAACCUUAAAUUAUGAAGACGAAUAUCUUGCCAUAGUUACUAAGGGGGCUGGUGUGCACAUGAAGGGUUUGAAAGAAGGGUUAACCUUCGUGUUGAACGAAGGGUUAGUUGUUGACAAAUGCGAAUAUACAUGCAUUAAUCUGCUGCCAAGAGGAGUAAGUGGCUUGAUUGUUGUGUCCAAGACCAGUGAAGUAAGAAUGAAACUCGCGAAGAUGUUAAAUUUAGGCGAGAUUCGACAAAGAUAUCGUAUUAUCGUCCAUGGAAAAUACGAACACUCGGUGUUUCAGAAUCAAGGAUUUGAAGCACAGCAGAUUUAUCUCACUAGAAGUACAUCCGGUGAUGGAAAUUAUCUUACAACUUUAGAUAUUAUUAAUUCUCAUUCAUUAAUAUCUGCAUCUGAUAUUAAAAAAAACUUUGCAAAAAUUCAUCAUCAUGUUGUUGGUUCAAAUUCCUGCACAAAAGAGCUGAAUUCUUGCAAAGGUAAAGGAAUCAUGAUGGUAUUGUUAGAAAUAAUGUUUCAACACCCUAUGACGGAAAAACAAAUUAUUGUAAAAAUUGAUGAACCUUCAAAAUUUGAAAUAAUACGACAACGUGAAUCACGCUUUUAUGACGCAAAACGUAAUGAGGAAAUCGAGGAAUUACAUCGAUAUGGACUUGAACCACUAGAAAACCACGAUCCACAGGAUUUACAGCAAACACCAAUAGCCUAUAUUACAGGAGAAAAGGAAUUUUUUAAUUUGCGAUUUCAUGUUACCUCAGAUACUAUGAUUCCUAGGUCUUCCACAGAACAUCUGGUGCAUGCAACAUUGGAUGUAUAUCAUGAAUCGAAAUAUUUUAAUUUCCAUGGUAUAGAUGCCACUGAAAAUCAAUCAUUUGCGUUUUUGGAUGUCGGAACCGGUUCUGGGUCUAUCCUCAUUUCAGUCUUGCACUCUAUAAUAACAUCCAUUAAUCAAGCAAUGCCCAUCACAUCUCCUAUAAUGGCAUCUCACUCGCUACUGGGAAUUGGUUUGGACAUCAAUGUCGGUGCACUUGAAGUUGCACGAAGGAAUGCUACUCGACACUUGGAUCCCCUGAUUGUUCGAAAUAACUAUCAACGUGAAAUAUUCAGAUAUGAUUUUAUUCAUGCGGAUAUGUCAAACCUCCACAAUUAUACUCAAUUGUUUCAUAAAAAAUUUGAUGUUCUGGUGUGUAACCCACCAUAUCUUGACAAUUCUUCAAAUCUUUCCAAAAAUGAUAAACGUCUUUGCGAACCUCCUGAGGCGCUCUUCUCUGAUGAAGGUGGAUUCCAAGCAUAUCGUUUACUUUAUGAGACUCUCGAAUUAUCAUUUACCGAAGGAAAAGAUAUUCUACGUAAGGAUGCUUCGGUUAUCGUGGAGGUUGGAAGCAAAAUGGCUGAAAAGGUUAAACAGUUAUUUAGAGAUUGGAAUUGUGUAAAAUGUAUUAAGGAUAAUCAAGGGUUUGAAAGGUGCUUAGUUUUCCGUCGCCACAAAUAUUAG